GAAUAAAAAUAUUUAUGGACUGUGGUCUACACCCGGCUUAUUCAGUAAAAUUGUGUUUAUUUUUUAAUUUCAUACUUUCGUACUUGAAAUAUUAUAAAUUGAACUACUAAAGUCAUUUAAUAUUAACUAAAUACCUAUUAGUUAUGUUUAAGUGCCUAUCAGUAUACAAAUGUUUUAAAAUUCGUUGAGAAUUAGUAUCCUUAUUCCUUAUACAGAAAGGACAAGAGUUAUUAAAAAGAAAGUCAAUAGUAUAAAGUGUGUACUUUUCCAUUAUAUUCAUGUAUUCAUUAUUGUGUAAGGCACUACCGUUUAACACUGUAAGUGUAAACAAUGCUAGAAGCAUUAGUUUAACAUUAUUCAAUAAGAAACAAACUAUAGAUCGUUCAAAAGUGCCUAUUAUAAAUGAAAAUGAACUUGAAGAAAUGUUUGUUAAAGGUAGUGGUCCUGGUGGAUCAGCAGUCAAUAAGAAUGCUAAUUGUGUUGUACUAAAACAUAAACCAACUGGCAUUGUAAUUAAAUGUCAUGAAUCAAGAUGUGUUGAAGAUAACAGAAAAAUGGCUAGAGAUAAACUAGCCAUAAAAUUAGAUGUAAUACAAAAUGGUAAUGAAUCAGUCGAAGCACAAAAAAAAGCCAUUGUGGAAAAAAAGAAUGCACAAAAAGAAUGGAAAAGAAAAAAAUUAGAAACAUUGAAAAAAGAUUGGAUUGAAAGAGAAAGUAGUUUUAAACCUUAGAUUAUUUUAAAUUCUUAAUUAUUUGUUUAGUAUUUGAGUUGUAAGUUGUUGAAAACUAAAUUAACUGCAA